AUGCCAAAUCGCUCACAAUCUCUUGCAUCCAACGAAAGCAUGCGACAUUUGGAUAACAGAAGCCUAGACUUGGAUGAUGACGAUCUAAUGGGUAUCCCAGGAGAUCUCGGAAAGUCCAAAUUUAUGUCUCAAUCUACCUCUGAAACAGACGAAUCAGCAUCUGAAAAGCGAGACGAAGUUCAAGAGAUCCGAAAUCGUUCUCGUAAAGAAGAUCGCAUUGUCCGACUUUGGCGUUCUGCCCUCCUCUUGUUGAUUCUAGUGAUCGGAGCGACAGUGUCUGGACUAACAUUCCACUUCUUGCAAGAGGAGGAACACAAGGCUUUGAACCUUGCGUACGACCAGUUCUCGGAUGCCCUCUCUGACGCCGCCAUUCGCCAGCAACAAGAAAUUCUCGAGGGAUUCCGUACCCUUGCCACAAUCAUUUCUGACUACGCUGCUACAAGCAAUCAGACGUGGCCCUUUGUGGAUCUCCCGAAGUUUGAGGCCUAUGCUGAGCAUAUCUUGAAGAUUGCUGGAACCGAAGCCGUUACAUAUUUUCCUAUAGUUACAAAAGGAAACCAAGACGCCUAUUUGAAUUACACUGGUAACAACCACGAGCGUGUAAUCAAAGAAGCACACAUGAUCGAAAACGGAAAUCUGGACGAUUUGAACCCAGUGGGAUAUAAGCCAUUUUUCACUGUCGGUACAAAGGACGGGUUCGUUCCAGAUAUCGAUCGCGAAGUUUACUAUCCGAUGUGGCAGUUUUCGCCACCUAUGUUUACAUAUGGAGCUGUCAAUUGGAACGCGGCCAGUGUUCCUGACUACGCCGAUGUCUUUGAAGCACUCAGAACCUUGAAAUCAGAAUCUCCGAUAUCGAAAGUUCGACCGUAUGUCACAGCCGGACUUUCAUUGUCCAAUGAAGAACAUGCUGCCAUGCACAGUGAGAUUGAAGGAUCUUCGACCGCCUUUCCUCACAGCUUUGUAUUCACUCCAAUUUAUUUGGAAUCGGAGGACACAGACAGUCCAAUUGUUGCUGCCCUUGCCUCAUCAAUGGGUUGGGAUUUCUCGCUCCAACACCUUUUACCAGAAGGCGUGAUUGGGAUCCAUGCAAUCCUGAAGAAUAGCUGCGGCCAAAGCUUUUCAUACGAAAUCAAUGGGCCGGAUGCUUUCUAUCUGGGAGACGAAGAUUUACACCAAACAAAGUACGAUGAAUACGAGCGCUUUGUGAAUCUUGCCCUUUAUACUCAUCCAGACUUCGAGACAACACAAGGACACUGCAUGUACUCGAUGCACUUGUAUCCCGACAACAAGUUUGCAAACUUGUAUCUGACGCCGGUGCCACUUUUGUACACUGUUUGCAUCGCCGGGUCCUUUGCCUUUAUGAUUGCAGUGUUCUUCGUGUACAAUUCGUUUGUCCAUAAACGAAACGAAACCCUGGUAGCGAAUGCAGCGAGAUCAAAUGCUGUCAUCACUUCUCUUUUCCCGGACAACAUUCGCAACAAGAUCAUUGGCGACGAAAGCUGCAGGAAGAACCCACGAAACUUCCACGAGCUCCUUGAUCCAACGAGUGAUCCACUUACUGACUUGUCGCGACCACCGCUUGCCGACUAUUUUGCGACCACGACUGUCAUGUUCGCUGAUAUCUGUGGCUUCACUGCGUGGUCAUCUGUGAGGGAACCAUCGCAAGUAUUCACUUUACUGGAGACUGUCUAUGGUGAAUUUGACCGCCUCACCAAACACAGCAAGGUUUUCAAGGUGGAGACCGUCGGCGAUUGCUAUGUCGCUGCCACCGGAAUUCCAACAUAUCGCAAAGACCACGCCGUGCUGAUGGUAAAGUACGCCCACAAGAUAUCUCGCGCCAUGACCCAUAUGACACAAACGUUGGAAACCACACUUGGACCCGACACUGCAGACCUGUUGCUUCGCAUUGGUAUCCACUCGGGACCCGUUACUGCAGGUGUUAUUCGAGGAGAGAAGGCGAGAUUCCAAUUGUUUGGGGAUACAAUGAACGUGGCAGCUCGAGUUGAAAGCAAGGGGGCUGCAGGUCGAAUUCACGUUUCACAGGACACGGCAGAUCAUCUACGAAAGUGUCACAAGGGUCAUUGGCUAGUCAAACGAGAGGGAACUAUCAUUGCAAAGGGAAAGGGUGAUCUUCAAACGUAUUGGAUUGGCAAAGCAGUCCAGAGUGUUAAAGAGGCUACCGGUACCGGUUCCGAGACAGCGUCUGUGUCAGAGAAGAGCACUAGCAGCUUCGAAGAAACUGCUCCCGCCGCUUUUGGAAACCAUCUUGAUGAUGCUGGCAAUCGCAAAGAUAGGCUCGUCGAUUGGAAUGUGACUGUUUUCACUGACAUUCUCAAGCAGAUUGUUGCAAGAAGGAAUGCCUAUGCUGCUGCUAAGAAAGAUUCGAACGACCUGUCGGCUGUGGAUCUUAGAGUUGUUGAAGAUAUGAAGAAGGACGACCUCAAGCCACUGCACGAUGUCCGAGAGACUAUUUGGCUUCCAGAGUUCGAUCAAACUGUCGAAGACUCGCAGGAAGAUGCGCAUACCAUUGACAUCCCAACCAGUGUCUCAACCGAGUUGCGCGAUUUCAUCAGUACAAUUGCUAGUCUGUACAGAUCCAAUUCAUUCCACAACUUUGAGCAUGCAAGUCACGUUACUAUGAGUGUCAUCAAGUUGCUGUCGAGAAUCAAAGCUCCAACCGACUUCGAAAUGAUGGAAAACGAGAACGAAUCUGACGAUGAUUCCUUCCACGUGAAAGCAAACCUACAUGAUCAUACGUAUGGCAUUACAUCGGAUCCUUUGACUCAAUUUGCCUGUGCAUUUGCUGCUUUGAUCCAUGAUGUAGAUCACGAAGGCGUAACCAAUGCUCAGCUGGUAAAAGAAGGAGCCGUCGUCGCAGCCAAGUACGAGAAUCGCAGUGUGGCCGAACAGAACAGCUUUGUCCUUGCUUGGAACCUGUUCAUGAGCGACCGUUUUGCAACCCUUCGAGAGCACCUUUGUGCCACUCCAGCUGAAAUUAUCCGAUUCCGAGAGUUGGCAGUGAACGCAGUCAUGGCAACAGACAUCGUGGACAAGGACUUGAAGAACUUGCGAAACAAUCGAUGGGACAAGGCAUUCAAGAAUCAAGGUAGCAUCGAGGAACUUGACAAUGAGAGCCGUGAGAGUAUCAAUCGGAAGGCAACGAUUGUGAUCGAGCACCUGAUUCAAGCAUCAGAUGUCAGUCAUACGAUGCAGCAUUGGCAUGUCUACCGAAAGUGGAACGAGCGUCUGUUUCAUGAGAUGCAUGCGGCGUACGUCCAGGGUCGAAGCGACUCGGAUCCUGCUUUGACAUGGUACAAGGGAGAGAUGGGUUUCUUCGACUUUUACAUCAUCCCAUUGGCAAAGAAGCUGGAGAGUUGUGGUGUAUUUGGAAAGUCUAGCGACGAAUUUUUGAACUAUGCCAGAAGCAAUCGCGAAGAAUGGGAAAUUCGUGGAGAGGAGAUUGUGGCAGAGAUGGUGGCAAGUCUGAAUAAGCGUCCUGCAACGAACUCUAAGAAAUGA